AUGCCGCCUGACGAGCCCCUUGACGCCUUGGAUGCAGUGGACUACGACCCGAUCGACCACCUGAAUGCCAUAUUCUCGCAUCCCUCUACCCUCGCCUCCGUUUCGCAGAUUGCCGACGGCCUUCACGCCUACGAAUAUGAAUUGGACCACGAUAUCAGUGCCCUAGUGGAGGAGCAGGUCACCUCCAAUGCGGAGAGCGUGGAACGCAUCCAGACCGCCAAGUCCGACCUAUCGGAGCUGUUCAAGAAGAUCGACGACGUUCGCGAGCGCGCAAUGAAGACUGAACAGGCUAUCACUGACAUGACGGCCGACAUCAAGCAAUUGGACAACGCGAAGAAGAACCUCACCUUGUCGAUGACGGCACUCAAGCGGCUACAGAUGCUGACCACCGCCUACGAUCAGCUCCAGGCCCUCAGCCGGACACGACAGUAUCGCGAUUGCGCGCAACUGCUCCAAGCGGUGAUCCAGCUCAUGGCCCACUUCAAGUCGUACCGAUCGAUUGACCAGAUUGCGAUCCUGAGCAGGAAUGUGGCGGAUAUCCAGCGAGACCUUUUGGAACAGGUCUGUGAGGACUUUGAGAUCGCCUUUGCGAAGGGCGAGGUCGCCCAGAGGCGCGGAACGUUGUCGGAGGCUUGUCUGGUUAUUGAUGCAUUGGGCGAGCAUGCGCGCUCGAGGCUGGUCACAUGGUACUGCAACACCCAGCUGAGAGAGUACCGCCAGGUCUUUCGAAACAAUGAAGAGGCUGGAUCUUUGGACAACAUCUCCCGCCGAUAUUCAUGGUUCCGUCGCAUCCUGAAGACCUACGAUGAAGAGAACGCUGCUAUCUUCCCCGCCUCAUGGCGUGUGAAUGAGAUCCUGGCCAAUGUGUUCUGUGAAGGCACUCGGGAUGACUACAAGGGAAUUUUGUCUCGUUCGGUGCGCAGCGGCCAAUCAAUUGACGUGAACAUGCUACUUUCUUGCUUGCAAGAGACCCUGGAAUUCGAACAUUCCCUCGAGCGUCGCUUUGCGCCUCCGUCGCGCCCAUCCACAGAUACCUUCGCUUCAACGGAAACCCCCACGUUUGGUCAAUCAAUCUCCGAGGCCUUUGAGCCAUAUUUGAGUGUCUGGGUGGAAGCGCAGGACAAGCAGCUAGCUGCCCUGCUACCAAAAUACCGCCAACAACCCCUGAGACCCCCGGACGAUGAAUUCAAUUCCCACACUGUGAUCUCCUCAUCAACUGAACUCUUUACUUUCUAUCGCCACGCUCUGCAGCAAUGCUCCAAGCUCUCCACGGGAGCCAGCCUUGCAGAAUUGGCUAAAGUAUUUGCAAAAUAUCUGGAUCAAUAUGCACAGCAAGUCCUUCUCGCCUAUAUAAGUGAACGCCCUGCUAGUCAGACUCCGGCUAAAGUACCCUCAAUCGAAGACUUGGUAUCUGUCCUCAAUACUGCCGAUUACUGCUAUACCACGUGUAAUCAGCUGGAAGAAAAGAUCAAAGGUAGACUCGAUGAGAGCCUCAAGCAGUCGGUAGAUCUACAAAGCCAGGCGGAUUCUUUCAUGGGCAUCGCAUCUGCGGCUGUGCGAGGUCUCGUCCGCCAGGUGGAGGUCGGCUUGGAACCAUCCUGGCGCGAAAUGCGCAACACACCAUGGAGUAAGAUUGAAGCCGUUAGUGAUCAGAGUUCCUAUGUGGCCGAAUUGCUUUCUCGAACGAAAGACAAGGCAGCCGAAAUCUUACAGUUGCUGCACAAGCAGCAAUAUGCGCGGGCUUUCUCCGAUCAUCUGGUUGAAUUGAUGUCAAGCUUGUUCAUUAGCAAUGUCUUCCAAUGUAGGCCGAUUGCAGAAACUGGCGCCGAGCAGAUGCUUCUUGACUCCUUCACCCUCAAGAGUGGCCUCACAUCUCUCCUCCCCGCUCCAGCCCCAGCAGGCUUUGUCAAGCGCGUGAACGCCAGCUUCUACAAAAUCGAAACACUUCUUAAAACUCUCCAAGUCCGACCAUCUCCACCCGAGGCCCUCGUUCAAGCAUACCUGAUUCAUAUCGCGGAUCGCAACAACAACAAUUUCCGCAAAAUUCUCGAUCUCAAGGGCAUCCGCAACCGUCAAGAACAAAACCAUCUCGUGGAGCUGUUCCAGAUGCAUCGCGCUUCAGACCGCUACGCGGCUAACCUCCAACAAAGCAACCCAAUGCUUACUGCGCUCCAAGCCCCCGUUGCACCCACAACAACCGGCUCGGUAUCCCAAGGCUUAGGUCUAGGUGGUACCUCGUCCAUGCCAUCCCGCUUCGACGCUUCGAUGCUCGGCUCCGCCAUCAUCUCCGCCGCCAAAGAUGGCGUCGACCGCUUCGGAAACCCCAGCUUAACCUCCGGUGUAGCUGGGACGUCAUCGGUGGCAGGUGCAUCUGGUACCUCAUCACCUGCUCCAGCCAACUCGGGACAACAGGUCAACCAUCUCAGUCCGUCCGAGACAAGUGCUGCAGCCAAUCUCAAUGAGAACCUCAAGAAUAUUGGCAAGUUCUUCCGUCGUGAUCUAGGUGGCUUUGGAGGUCGCUUUGGGCGUGGUGCCGAUGAGUGA